UUGGCUGGAGCCAGUUGAGUGUACUUGCUGCUCAUCCUCUCUGAAUCAGAUUCAGAACAACAGGGAGACACAAAGAUGGAGAUAACUCACGCCGUCCACGGUUUAGUCAGGUGUGUGCUGUUUGUGCUGCUGUGGUUCCAGUGUGAGACCAUAGGGUCAGAGCUGAACGGAGUCACCUGCGGCUCUCUGAUCAAACUGCUCAACACCAGACAUAACGUCCGCCUGCACUCCCACGAUGUCAAAUACGGCUCAGGCAGUGGACAGCAGUCUGUCACCGGAGUGGAGAACGCGGACGACGCCAACAGUUACUGGCAGAUACGAGGAAAGCCCAACCGUCCAUGUCAGCGUGGGUCUGCCGUCAAGUGUGGUCAGGCUAUCCGCAUCACACACAUGAAGACCGGCCGAAACCUUCACACACACCAUUUCAGCUCACCCCUGUCUAAUAACCAGGAGGUCAGCGCAUUCGGAGAGCAAGGCGAGGGCGAUGACCUGGAUGUAUGGGCGGUGCAAUGUGAUGGCGACCAUUGGGAGCGCGAUGACACCGUGCGCUUUAAACACGUGGGCACCGACGUCUUCCUGAGUGUAACAGGGGAGCAGUACGGCCACCCCAUCCGCGGCCAGCGCGAGGUGCACGGCAUGAGCACGCCCAACCAGCACAACUGGUGGCGCGUCAUGGAAGGUGUCUUCAUCCAGCCCAGCCAGGAGCCACUGCGCCACGACGAGCUCUGACAUCACCAAGAGACACAAAGCAUGGACAUUUGUGCACAGACUCUGGCCUCCUGUGGUGGUUUUAUAGCUCGCCUGGACAAAACGAUGUCAUGUGUGAAUGAUGCAGAAUAUUCAACUGGUCACUCUCCCCAUGAAGCACUCUGAGCCCUCUGAGAGAUGGCUGACAAAGUUAGACCAUUAGUGAUACUGUAUAUAGGUUGGUAAAAGGGACAAUUUCAAAUGGAGAAUCAUUUUUGUAAAAAAAAAUCACAGUUUGAUAACCAACUUUAGUCAAGCAACUAAUAUGUGGCCCCUGACCCCUGGUGGGUCCUGAAAGUCCCAAAUUCUCUGCGUAUGUUGAAAUAUAUCCAUCUACAGUAUCAUUUGAAAUGAGUCUAAUAAAACCUUUAUUUCAGUUGA